ACGAGUGACAGGCUAUAAAGUACUUACAUACACAAAUUAUCAUCCUCCAGAAGGCGUAAGCCUCUUUUUCCCCAAUAUAAAUUCCAUCUAUUUUGAAAACCCUAGCUACCUAUAUAUAAUCAUCAUCACCAACCUAUGCACACAACAUCUUGUAUGGAUAUAGAUUCAACUUCACUUGCUCCGGGCUUUCGAUUUCAUCCUACCGAUGAAGAGCUCGUGCGUUACUAUCUUCGUCGCAAGAUCUGUAAGAAGCCGCUGCAAGUCGACGCCAUUUCCGAGAUCGAUAUUUAUAAACUCGAGCCGUGGGAUCUGCCAGGUAAAUCUAGGCUGAAGAGUAGAGAUUUGGAAUGGUAUUUUUUCAGUGCACUUGAUAAGAAGUACGGAAAUGGUGCUAGGACGAAUCGUGCAACUGAUCGAGGGUAUUGGAAGACCACUGGUAAGGACAGGGCUGUUUACCAUAGGAAUCAGGUUGUCGGGAUGAAGAAAACUCUGGUGUAUCACAGUGGUCGGGCUCCUCAAGGAAAGAGGUCUAAUUGGGUCAUGCAUGAAUACAGACUUGUUGAUGAGAACAUGGAAAAGUCUGGAUAUAUGCAGGAUGCAUUUGUUCUGUGCCGGAUUUUUCAGAAAAGUGGUUCGGGGCCUAAGAAUGGAGAGCAGUAUGGGGCACCAUAUCUUGAAGAAGAAUGGGAGAAUGAUGAAUUGGCUGUAGUUCCUAAGGGUGAUGAUCAGGCAAUGGAACUACCAGCAUGCGAUGGUGCCUAUCUGGAUGGCAUUGAUCUUGAGCAGAUUCUAAAUGCAGUUGAUUCUUCAAAUGUUGCUCCUGUUCCCGCUAACUCAUGCCCUUGGAAUGGAAAUGAUUGUGUGAAUGAACUUAUAAACUUCACUGAUAACGCACAAGAAGCCUGUGUUGUUGAUGACAAUAAUUUUAUUCAGGAGCAGCCUGAUACAGGAGCUAUCUAUAAUUUGCCAGUGCCUUACAACACGGAUGGGAUGCCUGUCAAGCAUGAAUAUCUUGGGGAGCCAAGCAAUAAUGGUGGACAACCAAGCAACACUGCAAAUCCUGUAAAUGUGGACCACAUUCCUGAUUUAUCCUUUGUAGAUGCCACUGAUACUCUUCAAUCCAGUGAUGGAGCAUUUAUUGAGACUUAUGAUCUUCAGCAACCUUUCGACUGGGAUGAUUCUAGCUUUGACAUGUUAAAUGAAUACCUUCAGUUCUUUGAUGCUACUGAUGACAAUUUGCAAAAUAUGGGCUUCGAGUACUCGGAUAUAUUUGGAAGUGAAGAACCUCUUCCUGAUUCUGCAGCAUUGUUACCCAAAAAGCUCUACUUUCAGGAUGCAAGCGAAGGAGCCAAGCAAGAGAAUGGUGGAAAACAGCAAUUUGAUGGGAUUAGUAAGGAUUUUGCAUCUUCUUCAAAAGAAGCACAGGCAAAAUGUCAAUCAGAUUCUCAGUAUCAAUUUCUCAAGCAGGCUAGUAAUCUGCUGGGGGAUAUUUCCGCACCUCCUGCACUUGCUUCAGAGUUCCCAACCAAGGAUGCAACUCUGCGACUGAAUGCUGCUUCUGCCAGUUCGUUCCGUGUUAGUGCUGGUAUUUUACAAACAAGGCAUGUGACUUUGGGUCGUGCAGGAGUUAAGUGGUCAUAUGGUAAACAUGACCUGGCCAACAUUGUCCUCUCGGUUGGACUGUCAAGGGGUGAUGACUAUUCUGCAGCCCUACAACCAUCAUCUGGUACGAUCUCAGAGACAUCCAACUCCGCUGUUUCUUGGGGCUGGUUCUACUACCUAUUCAUGUGGGUGCUUGUGCUAAGCACGAGUUUCAAGAUUGGGACUUAUAUCUACUCAAUUUAGUCUUUCAUGGAUUCCAGUCUGGUAGAAGUCUUAUGGAUGCUGCUGGUCUUUAGGCUCAGGAAACUAUAUAUAAAUACCUAAUAUGAACAUGUAGAAUCUCUCUUUCUUUUUUUUAUGGUCUUUGGUUUGUACUACAUUGCCACCUUGGUAUUUGCUCCAGUUAUUGAGGAUGCUUAAACUCUUAAACCUGCAACUGCCUCAAUUACUGAAUAAGUUUUUUGACUUGA